AUGGUGUUCAAUCUCCGAACCUUCAGUUUUGCCGAGUCCGUUGAAGAUGAUCCAACACCUCCUAAAAGCUUCUCCAUAAAGGAGCUCCGACGCGCGACGGACAACUUUAGCAGCAACAACAUCGUGGGGUACUUUCUGAGUGGCAAGGUUUACAAGGGGCGCUUGGCCGAUGGUUCACUAGUGUCAGUACACAGAGCAAGCUAUGUCGAUCUGUCAAGCGAGGAGGGAUUCGAAGCAGAAGUGCAAGUGGGAAGCACGGUUUCGACGCACCCAAACGUGCUACGCCUGAGGGGCUUUUGCAGGAUCGAGGAAGAGCUCUUACUGGUCAAGGGGGCUUGCACACCUUCACAUCAAGGCAACAUCAAGAUAUUGCAUCGUCACAUCAGCCCGAGCAAUAUACUGCUGAAUGUGCAUUUUGAGGCCGUGAUAGGAGGAUUUUCGCUUGCUGAGAUCAUGCACGAGAAUAAUGCAGAGGAAGGGACUAUUGUUUGGCCCAUGCGGUCAUCUGAUUCUGGCUCCGAUUCUCGAUCCUAUCAUCGCUAUGAAGAUGUUUAUGUCAAUACCACCAGCUUUUGUGGCACAUUCAUAUAUUGUGCCCCCGAGUAUUUCUUCACAGGGAAGUGCACAGUGAAGAAUGAUGUCUAUGCAUACGGGAAAAUGCUUCUCGAGCUCAUGUCGGGAACCGAUAUUUCAAAACUUAAUUCGUUGGCAGUCGAUGAAGAUCUCAGUUUGGAGAAAUGGAUCGGUGAUCUUAAGAACAAGAACGAGUUGGGAAGGGUGAUCGAUCCCAAUCUGCAGGGGAACUACGUGGAAGAAGAAGCAGAGCGACUAGUCGGAUUUGCAUUGUUGUGCUCACACGUGGAUCCAUCUAUUCGACCAGAGAUGUCUGAAGUGGUUCGAAUGCUCGAAAGCCAGUUUCUUCAGCGGGAUCCUAGUACUAGUACGAGGAGUAGUUGGAGUCAAAGUGAGGGCGACUCAACUCCGUACUACUCUUUCCCUCCUUCUCCUUCUCCUCCUCUGGGGAUUGCUCCAUAA